UAAUGAUCUAAGUUAUAUUAUAGACACAGUUAAAAGACAGAAAUUUAUUACAAAGAUAAGAAAGAAAAGAAUAUGAAAUUCAGAUAAAAGAAAAAAAAUUCUUCAGAAGUUUUAUUUUGAUUUGAAAAUAAGAUAAUGGAUGAUAGCGGAAGUAUAUCAAUUCGCAUUUGCCUUGAUGGCCAUGCUAACUCACUUGCCUUGAACAAGGACAACAAUUGCAUAGCUGUUGCAGGACGUUCUCUGCUCAAAGUCUUCAGCAUUGAAAGUGAUGGAUUCUCAGAAGUACAUAAUAUGCGUCAACCACAGAGUAACAACAAAAGCUUGAAUUUGACAUUCAGUAGUAAUGCAAUUGCCUGGUCGCAUCUUGAUACAAACGUUCUCGCUACUUCAGCCACGAAUGGUGCAGUUUCGAUUUGGGAUAUCAAUAAAUUUGGCCGUAAUAAACAAUUGAAUGUUUAUCAUGAUCAUGACAGAACAACACAUGCAGUUAUCUUUCAUCAAACUGACCCAACAUUACUCUUAUCAGCUUCUCAAGAUUCAACACUCAAACUUUUCGAUUUGAGAGAAAGAUCUUCAUGCGUUUCAACAUUCACAAGCACUGAGAGUGUUCGUGACGUCAAAUUUAAUCCAUUCAAUUGUAAUUCAUUCGCUUCUGUAAGUGAAAACGGAACUGUACAACUUUGGGACAUUCGAAGAUCUGAAAAGUUUGUGCAACAAUUUACAGCACAUUCGGGGCCAAUUUAUUGUCUUGACUAUCAUCCAACACAUCAAUGGUUAGCGACUGGUAGUCGUGAUAAAUUGAUCAAAGUAUGGAACAUGUCAAGUGUGAAGCCUUCACUUGAAUACACAAUUCACACAAUUGCAGUUGUUGGUCGUGUUCGUUGGCGACCCGAAAGAAAGUUUCACAUCGCAAGUUGUUCUUUAGUUGUCGAUUAUUCAGUUUACAUUUGGGAUGUUCGACGUCCUUUUAUACCUUACGCAAGUUUCAAUGAACACACAAAUGUAACCACAGAUAUUUGCUUCAAAGGCGUUCCCGACAUUUUACUUUCAACUUCAAAAGACUCGACAAUUUAUAAACACUCAACAAAAGAUGCACAACAUCCUGCAGCGUCCGCAAAUCCCCAAAGCGGUUCCAUCAAUUUUCGAGGUGAUCUUCUUUUCGUAUGUAAAACCAAAACCAAGCCAACAAUUCCUCCAAUGAUUCCAAACUCGGGAUCAUCGACGAAACUUAACUUUCUGAAAAAGCACACGCACGAUACUGUCGACUCUGCAAUUCCCGCAUUAGAAGACUGGUUUCAUCUUGCGAAAUCUUCACUUCAUUUCUUCACGAUGGAAUCUAACGAAGCAGCAACGGACGUUAUGAAAAUCGAUGACGCAUUGACAAAGACUUUAAAGAAAGAUUAUAUGGCAUUUCGGGCUUGUGCAAUUGAUUAUAAAUUCAAAACAGACACACAAACAGAUUUCUUAACUUUGUUAGAUUACAAUUCAAACAUUGCACGUAAACAUGGUCGAGCAAAUGUGGCGAUGUUGUGGAAUCUUGUAAAGAUGGUCUACAAAACGGCACCAUCGAAACAUAAUCAAGUGAAUCAUCUCACAUCACAAGUUUCCAAUCAAUCAAGUUCCGGUUUGAGUGGAAUUACUCGUGCUAGUGGAUCGUUUGGGACGGCUGGAAUUGGAAUGAUGUCAUCAAAUGCUGCAAGUAACAGCAACAUUCAUCCCGAUGGUUCAAACGAUCAUUCAACUCAAAAUUUAUUUGGUACAUCGUCAAACGAUGAAGUUUUUGAUGCAAACGACGUUAGUGGAACAAUCACCGUACCGAAAAUGUUAGUUCCUGAUCUCGAAGUUGAAGUUUUCGAUGAAAAUAUGAAUCACAACAACAUUGAUCAUCAACAUUUGAGAAAUGGAUUUUUAUAUACAGGUCCACACGAUAAUGAUGUCAUUAAGGAAUUGCCAGCUUGUUCAUCAUCACUUAUCAAUCAUGACCUCACACAUACACAUUACAAACAUCAUCGAAAUGAGAUUGAACGUGACAUUGAAACGUCGCCUCCACCUGAACCACCAUGCAUCUUAACAGUGCCUACAAAUAUUGACAUUCAAUUUUGGAAGCCAUUUCAAGUUCUCGCUGAUUGUUUAAUGCUUCAAGCAGAAGUUGGUGACGUUCAAACUCCAACAGCAAUUCUGAUUUGUCUCGGUGACCGACGAGAUGAUUUACCAAUCGAUCAUUUUGUUCAGGAAAAUUGGCUACAAUCUUAUGUAGAUUUACUUCAUCGUCAUCAGAUGUGGAAUGAAGCAACUGAAAUUAUCAACAUUAGUUGGAUGCCUUCAAUAUGUCAAUUAAAUGAACAAUCGACAGUUAUUCAAACAACAUGUGGCGAAUGUGGGCGAACACUUCAAAAAGGCUGGUUUUGUAAACAUUGCAAGUCAACUGAUCCAUCAAAAUGUGUCGUUUGUCACGUUGUUGUGAAAGGAAUCUACGCUUGGUGUUCAGGAUGUUGUCAUGGUGGACACAUUGAACAUCUGCAACAAUGGUUUCAAACAAAUCCAAGAUGUCCUAAAUGUAAUCAUUUAUGUGAAUAUGAUUAGAAUGAAACGAAAAUGUUGUGAGGAAUAAAAUUUAUAAAU